AUGCUGUGCUGCAUAAGAAGAACCAAACCGGUGGAGAAAAAUGAGGAUGUGGACCAGAAAAUUGAGCAGGAUGGUACCCCUAACAAACCUGAAGACAACAAGGCCCAUAAGGCAGCGACCAAAAUACAGGCCAGCUUCCGCGGACACAUAACUCGGAAAAAGAUGAAAGAUGGAGAAGAAGAGAAGGACGGAGACAAUCCUGCUGCUGCAGAAGAAGCAACAGAGGGUGGCGAGGAGGUGAAGAAAGCAGAAGCCGAAGAAGGGAAUGCCACAGAAGAAAAGGAAAAAAAGGAAGAGGAAACGAGCCAAGCCAAAAGUCCAGUGGCAGAAAAGCCUGCUAACUCACCAGCAGCCGCUGUUCCCUCUCCUGCAGGAGCAGCAACGUCUCCUGUAGGGGCAGCACCUGCCGCUUGUCCCGCAGCAUCCUCUGAGCCCCCCAAAGAGGAGCCCAAGGCUGAGGAGAAAGCUGAAGAGAAGCCCAAAGAGGUGGAGGCUCCAGCCGCAGCAAAGAGUCCCACCACAGCCACAGUUGAGGAGAAGGCGGAGGAGAAAAAAGAGGCGGCCAGACAAGCCGAUGUGCCUGCUGCUGUCAGCCCGGCAGCUGAGAAGGAGGAGCUUGACCAAACAAAAGAUAAAGAUGCUGCAGAUGAGUCUAAAGCAGAGGGCGAUACCCCAGCAGAUGCAGCGCCAGAGGCCACCGAGAGCAAGGAGGACUGA